AUGGUCGACAGGAGGCUUCAGCAAGAGAUCAACCAAGCCGCAGCGAAGGGGCUGUCGGAGUUCACGGCUUUUCUGCAGGCCCAUGUGGACGUUUUCUUUGGCGGUUGGUCCACCUAUAACAUCACUGCUGCUGUGCACAAGAUGUGCCAGAUGUCGAGGUAUCAAAAAGGUGCACAAGUGCCUCGAGCCUGCGACACUUUGUGCAGGGUUGCAGUGACGUAUGCCGCUCAACUUGAUAUCCGGCAGCUGAGUAACCUGCUCUUGGACUUUAGGUUGCUCAGUCAGUUCGAAGCCCUUGAGAGGCUUACCCCUCAGCUGCUUAAACGUCUGAGACACGACUUGCGCCAAUUCAGCGGAUGGGACUUGUCAAAUGCCCUGUCUGGCUGUUCGUGUCCGGAAUUGCUGGCUGACAGAACAGCCGCCCUUGCCUUCGAAGUUGCAGUGCAUGAGCUUGCCCAAUGUCGCUCGUCGUACUGGGCAACAUGGAAAUCUAAGGACAUCGCCAACGUAUGUUACGCCCUUGGUUUUUGGCGCCAAGCAGAGCCUAGUAUUGUUGGGACUGCAGAUGUCACAAAUCUGCUGGGAUGCAUAUGGACCAGGACAGAAGAUUUGGAAUCGGAGAUCAGCUUGGAGGGAUUUGUAAAUGUGCUCUGGUGCAUUUCAGAAUUUCACAUUGAGGGGCCAUGGCUUUCCAAGCUGGUUUCAAGCUCACUGCGCAUUUUCAAGCGAUGUCGUUCCGAUUUGACACCUCACAUAUUGAGCCGCUUUGCUGGUGCUUUGGCGGAGUUGUGUCGACGGCAUGACCAACUGAAUCCGCAGGAUAGAUCAAACGCCAAGAGGCAUGUGAGCUCAAACCCCACUAGCCGUGAUGAGCUUGAGUUUUUUCAUAUGGUUGCAGGGGAGGCCAUGCAUAUGACAUGGCCCCACACUAGGCGUGCAAGAUUGGUUUGGGCUUUUGCAUGCAUGCGGCUGCGCCACGUCAGUCUGUUUGAACAUGUGCUGGGGGAAAGCAGGUGGGAAACUUGUGUUGAAGAUGACAUUGCUGACAUUUGCUGGGCUUUGGCAACCGUGCAGGCGGAUUCGGAAUGUACAUCGAAAAGGUUCACGGACUUAAUCCAAGAGCUGCAAUCUCGUGAGCUCCCGCACUGGCUGUGGAUAAUGGUGCUGUGGUGCUUUGCGGUAGUUGGAAUCACAUUGCCCUUGCCUUUGCAAAAUCAUGUGCAUGCAUGCCUCCGCAUACAGUGCCAAAACAAGGCAGAUAAAGUGUGCAAUGCUGUCGACAUGCGCAUGUUCUCCCAAGCCGUUACCGUAUUGCGGCUACCAGAGAAGUUCAAUGCCAUUUUGCACGGUGCGACUUGUGAGGUUAAUGCGGCGACACCCUCCAAAUUCCAACAGCAAGUUGAACAAACCCUGUCGGAUAUGGGCUACAAUGUGGAGCCAGAGACACAAGGCUUUGAUUUGUUGCUCCGAGCUGAAGGAAUUGCCAUCGAGGUCAACGGACCAUCGCAUUAUGCUGUCGAUCUGCACGAUUCGACCGUCCACGUUGAGCUGGGCCGCAGUCUGCUUCGAGAAAAUGUGGCUCGCUGUUCUGGACUUCGCUUGGUGAAGGUACCUUUCUGGGACUGGGGCCAUGCCAUGAAGUAUGGCGCCGGCGGGAGAAAGCAAUACUUGGAAGGCAAAGUCGCCCAAGCACGCGAACAAGUCCCAGCAAGACCCAAUGGGUGCCAAGAGGCGGCCCAUACCCGGCAGCAAGAGGAGCAGGACUUUUGUGCAAAAAAUUGCCCCUGCGAUCGAGAAGGCCUACCAAUCACAUUGCCUUCAAGGCACUUUGUAAGGAAUGAUGUGGAAGGCUACAUGCCAAAGGCUUGUGCUGCUGGGAUAAAGAACCCAGAAAUGGAGGAGAAGCUGAUGGUUCCGCCUUGGUUGGCAUCAACAAUGCGACGGCAUCGUGAAAAGCCAGCCCAAAAAGGACAUCUGCCAACCUAUCCGUGCCAAAAGUGA